GAUGAGAUAUUUGUAAGUAAGGAUUAGUAUAAAAGAAAGAGAGAUAUAAAACCAAUAAAUCAUCAAGUUUAUCAAAAAGAAAGGAAGAAAAUAAAAAAUGUCGAGUGAUGAGUUCAGGCUGGUUUCGCCGACGAUAGAUAAUGAUGGGAAGCUGCCGAGAAAGUAUACGAAGGGAGGUCAAGGUGUUAAGAAGGAUAUCUCUCCUCCUCUUGAAUGGUACAACGUUCCAGAAGGUACGAAAUCACUAGCCUUGGUGGUGGAGGACAUAGAUGCGCCAGAUCCUAGUGGACCGCUAGUCCCAUGGACGAUAUGGGUAGUUGUUGACAUACCGCCGGAGAUGAAAGGUAUUCCGGAAGCAUUUUCCGGCAAGGAGGAGCAGACCGCUGGUAUCCGGGAAGGGAAUAAUGACCACAAGAUUCCGGGAUGGCGUGGUCCCCUCAUGCCUAGUCACGAUCACCGUUACCAGUUCAAGCUCUUGGCUCUCGAUGAUAAACCAAAUCUUGGUCAUACGGUGACGAAAGAGAGAUUGCUCGAUGCGAUUGAAGGACACGUGCUGGGAGAAGCAAUCUUCACGUGUAUGGCCUAAACACUUGACGGGAAAUAAAAUAAUAUCAUAUCAUAUGCGAAUGUAUUAGUUGGACUAAGAAUUUUAUUUCAUGGCCAAGAAAAUAAAAUUUGUUUGACAUCGCAAACUCGAAGCCUAAUAUUAUUAUUAUCCAAAAGGCCGAGAAAGGUAUUAUAA